CAUAGUUGGUAAUAGAAAGACAUGACAACCUCUCCCCAGCUUCAGUUUUACAGCAAAACAGACAGGGAGCGACAAAGAAGCAGAGAAGAGAGAGAAAGAGAAGAGGCAUGCAAAGCAUAAAACAUGUUUUUCUCUUUUUCCAUUCUUGACCCUCCAUAUUUACUUAAUUCACAUGCGAGCACCUCUCAUUCAUUGCUCUCGAGUUUCUUCUUAGCUUCAAAUAUUUUGACUUUCUCUAAUGGCGGGACCAGAAGCAGAAGCAGAAGCAGGACGAGCAGUCCCGGACAUGGAAGCAGUGCUGGAUUUUCUACGCAAAAAUGGUUUAAAGGACGCGGAGUUGGCUCUCAAAGAGGACAUGAUCGAGAGAAGUAAUGAACUGGGCUCCUUUGACUUUGAGAAGUUCUUGUUUGUACUGCCACCCGUGAGGGUUCCGUCGAGUGUCCGGCAACUGGAUGUGGAAGAAGGUGGUGGCGCCGUUGAGAGGUUGAGAUCGAGUUCUGGGUCUCCGUCGGACGAUGAGUUUGUUAGCUUGGGGUCUUCUACUAGUGCUAGUGAAGUGUACUCUUCAGAAUUCUCAAAUCCAUAUGGACUUCGUUCCACAUCGCAGGCCAAUUCAGAAACUUCAUCUGAUAGGCUCUCUCAGUUUGGCACAGCACGUGAUUACCCAGAUUUUGAUAUGAAAAAUGACUGGUAUGAUGAGAAAGAGGAAGGGCACUUCAUGAGUCCCUGCUUCAAUGGCCCUGACUACUUUGGCUGUCCAAGCGAGGAUAAGUUUGUCAUGACAUCUGAGACUGGGAAGCAAUUUGAGAAUUCCUUGGGUUUGUAUGACAAAUCUGAAGGUGAAACACAAGGAAACAUCGAUUACUUGGAUAAGCAGUGUCUUUACAAUGUCACAUCUGUGAAUAAUAAAAACGAGGCUCAAUCUAUGAAUUAUCAUCAUGAUUUUGAUAAAAAAACCCAGCUUGAAGGAGACAUUGAUAGGGAUGGUAGUUCAGCCUACAAUUGCAAAUUCUUCACAGAAACAGGAGGGAUUUAUGGCAAGAAUUCUGUUGACUGUAUCUAUACGAGCUCCAAGGGACCUGAUUUAGGUGACUUUCAGUUAAAAGUUGUGGAAAGCCCUACUGAUUAUGAUAUAGUUCCUGUGCAUACGGAAAACAAGAAUGCUAACUACUAUGGUAUAAAAGUUUCCAAAAGUGACUGGACUGAAGGGUUUAAAAGUACCUCUGGCAUUGUAGAAAAUGGAAUUGAUGACUUUGAAGUUGGAGAUGGUGGAGGAGUAAAUGGAGAAACCCAUGAGCUUGCAGCUGCUAUUGGCGGAGAAGAUGUUAAUGCUAACGAACUUUUGAUGUACUAUAACCAGGAGGAUGAAUAUGAAGUAUUCAAUCUGCGAGUUAUACACAGGAAAAACAGGUCUUGUGGUCAUGGAAUUGAUCCUGCUGAUAGUACUUUGUUUUCAUGGAGAUCUGAUGCUUGUGCAAUGCAGGUUAAAUGGACUGGAUUCGAGGAAAACAAGGAUCUGCCUAUUGUGCUAAAUAGUGUCAUUGCAGGCAGAUAUUAUGUCACUGAAUACCUAGGUUCAGCUGCUUUCAGUAAGGUCAUUCAGGCACAUGAUCUUCACACAGGAAUAGAUGUUUGCCUGAAGAUUAUUAAAAAUGACAAAGAUUUUUUCGAUCAGAGUCUAGAUGAAAUUAAGCUUCUGAAAAUAGUGAACAAGCUUGAUCCGGCUGAUGAACGUCACAUUCUGCGCCUUUAUGACUACUUCUAUCACCAAGAGCAUCUCUUCAUCGUUUGUGAACUCCUUAAGGCGAACUUGUAUGAAUUUCAGAAAUUUAAUCAAGAAUCAGGUGGUGAAGCUUACUUCACUCUCAGCAGAUUGCAGGUCAUAACCCGUCAGUGUUUGGAGGCACUAGAAUACUUGCAUCACUUGGGAAUUAUUCACUGUGAUUUAAAGCCUGAAAACAUUCUUAUAAAGAGUUAUAGGAAAUGCGAGAUAAAGGUUAUUGAUCUCGGAAGCAGUUGCUUUAAGUCAGACAACUUAUGCCUUUAUGUACAAUCUCGUUCCUAUAGAGCUCCUGAAGUUAUUCUAGGUCUCCCCUAUGACCAAAAGAUUGACUUAUGGUCUCUCGGCUGCAUCUUGGCUGAACUGUGCUCUGGGGAAGUGCUCUUUCCAAACGAUGCAGUUGUAAUGAUCCUCACGCGCAUGAUUGGCAUGCUGGGUCCUAUUGAUCCAGAGAUGCUGGAGACAGGACAGGACACGCACAAGUACUUUACAGAAGAAUAUGAUCUCUAUCAUUUAAAUGAGGAGACAAAUCAAGUAGAAUUCCUUAUUCCUGAGGAAUCUUCACUGGAGCAUCAUCUACAAGUUUCCGACGUUGGGUUCAUUGAUUUUGUGAGAGACUUGCUAGAGCUCAACCCCCUGAGGCGUCCAACUGCAAGGGAGGCCCUAGAGCACCCAUGGCUUUCACAUUCAUACUGAGUCCGAUUCUGACUGAAGUUGUGGAUGAGGAGUCACUACUAGUGGCUAUGUAUUUAUGUCUCUUUCUUGUCUCUGGAGUGCAAGCUUCCAGUACCAGUUUUGGUAUAAACCACAUCAGAUAUAUACACGCAUUCUUUUUUUUUUUUUUGUUGAACUCGUAUUUAUUUUGUACAGGAAGUUUUCUUGCAUUUUCUUUUCUUCCUUCACUUGGUGGGGCUUUGUAAGUAUCAUUUGAUUGGAAACAGAAGGACAGUAAUAAAAGCACCAACACAAUGAUUUGGAUA